UUUAUCAACUUUUGUUCGUAAAAAAAGCAUGCAGAACAAGACGAAUAGAUCGAAACGUUCAUUGCCUCCAUAUAUUGGAACUAAAAGCUAUGCGAGACUUAGACACGAAAUGGCGGAGAAAAAAGAUGGAAAAACUCCUUCUCGUGUUGAAGUUUUCAUGGAAUCUCGCAAGAGAAAAAAAGGAAAACAAGUUGAUGCUUUUCAACAAGAUGCUAUUGAUCAAUUUGGUCAAUUUAAAAAGCAGCAAGAAAAAGGAGAAAUUUCUUUAAAUGAUGAUGAUAUCUUCGAAAAAGUACUUGGGGCAGAAAAAAAUGGAUAUCUUCGUGCAUAUGGCCCAGGAAAAACUAUUAGUGAAUAUUUCGGGGGUAGACCAACGAAG